AUGGUCAAAUUAAAGGACACUCCCGAGGAUAAUAAUUUGUUGACCGACCAUGAAGGGUUGGAUAAGUGAGUUUACAUUUGUUUUUGUCUAUCGUUUUAGACCUAAGGUAACCGCCAGAGUGGAUGAAGUCGGCAUCUUAUCAUACAUUUCUUUUGCAUGGAUAUUUUCUUAUUUAUGGGACGCAUAUAAAGGAAGAUUGGACGAGAAAACCAAUUGGCCUAUCAGUAUUUUUGAUUCUGCCAGUUUAAAUUGCACAAGGUAGGCAUCACGAUCGCGAUAAAUGUUGUGAACGUUGUUUUAGGUUGGAACAUUUAUGGAAUGAAGAAUUGAAAGUUAAUCCUAACUCUCCAUCUUUGUUUAAGGUGAUCUUAAGAUUUAUGCGAUAUCGUCUGUUCAUUUCUUGCUUGAUCUUCUUAUUCUGCUUGGUUUUUGGUUUCAUUGGACCUACAUGUCUUGUCAGGGGUCUUGUUUCCUUUACGGAGAACCCCCCCAGAACUCGAGGAGAGAUUCUUUAUGGUACUGGACUAUAUUUGGCGGUUGCAAUCCUAAUUGUGGGUAUUUUUGUUUUUAGGUAUACCUUGUAUUUAGGUUGAAAUUUCUCGAGUCCUGAUGUAUGGCGCUACCUGGGCGAUUAGUUACAGGACUGGAAUUCGAGUACGAGGAGCUGUUCUUACCUUGUUAUACAAGAAUUUGCUCAAUUCCAAGACUCUCCGGGAUAAAACUCCAGCUGAGGUAGGAAGGAGAAAACAAGUUUGACGUUUUUAGGUUGUUAAUGUGUUUGCAAACGACGGACAACGUAUUUUUGAUGCUGUUACUUUCGCUCCACUGGUCUUGAUGGGCCCAUUUGUGAUUAUUGGAGGGAUUGUGUACUUGAUUAAGGUUAUCGGAGUGCUUUCCUUGAUCGGCCUCUCGGUUUUCCUCAUUUUUGAUGUUAUCCAAGUGUUCCUUGGUAUCACUCUUGUCAGAUGCAGAAACCAAGCAAUUCAAAAAACGGAGAAGAGAGUGGGGUCAUGUUAUUUUUUGUAAUUAUUUUUCUGUUUAGAUGAAUUUAAUGGGUGAGAUCCUCAAAAACAUCAGACUUAUCAAGAUGAAUGGAUGGGAAGAUGUAUUUUUGCAGAAAGUGUCAGGUAAAAAUGUUUUUCCUGUAAAUUGCGUUAUUUUUUAGAUGUCCGAAAGGAGGAAAAGCAGAAUCUUCAGAAGGCUGGAUACGCUCAAAGUUUGGCAAUAGCCUCGGGCACUAUUGUCCCAGUUGUGGCGACAGUAGUAACAGUUUGCGCAGUUGUGUUUGCCGGGCAUGAUCUUCUGGCCAGCGAUGUAAGUGUUUUCUUCUUUUUAUUUUUUUUUUUGUUUAGAUCUUCUCGGCUAUUACGGUCUUCUUUGUGAUGCUAUUUGGAAUUCGGAUGAUUCCUUAUGGCGCGCGUUACUUGGCCGAAGCUCGUGUGGCCAUAACAAAAAUUCAAUCACUUCUUUUAUUCUCAAAAUAUCAGCAAAAUUUGGCUGCAGAAGCUCAAUCUCACCAUGCAAUCGCUCUGAAGGAAGCCACUUUUACAUUCGACGGUAAGAAUUGUGUUGUCGUCGACUUUUUUCAACGCAUUUUAUUGUUUUCGUUUCUAGAAGCAGAAAAAGCUGCCUCGACCAAUGAAACGGAAAAGUUGAACGAAGAACCAAAAUUCUGUUUGCACGACAUCAGUGUUACAGUAAACAGGAAGGCGAAAAUUGGAGUUUGUGGUCCCGUUGGAAGUGGCAAAUCCUCAUUCUUACAAGCGCUUCUGGGAUGUGUAAGUGAAAUAUAACUAGGACUGUCGGCAAAAUAGAUUCCGAGAUAUUUUAGUUUCUGGAAUUUUCAAAUGAGAUUUUUUUAAAAGGGCACGUUUGAGAUGUAAAUCGUCGACGAUCUAUGAAUUAGUUCGGAUUUGAGUUGAACAUAGUUUCAUGUUUACUCAAAGAUGGCUAAUAAUUGUAAUACCAUUCGUUUGAAUGCUAUUUGUCGGUGCUCGUGAGUCUUAUUUUCAAUCUGUCUCGUUAUAUUUACUUCUUGCACAUUUUUGUACUACAUUUUGACACAAGUUUUGACGAAAAUUCCCGAAGCCCAAUCUAAAUUCCGGAGUAUUCCCAAAAUUCGGGAAUGAUUUUAAAAUUGCUUGAAUUUUGACAUCCCUAAAUACAACAAAUAAAUACAAGGUGUUUCAAGAAAUCGACAAAAAACUUUCCGCUGAAUUUCUUGGAACACCCUAUAAUGUAAAUAUUAUUUUCAGAUGUCCAACGAGAAAGGACAGGUUUCAAUUGGAGGAACUGUAGCUUACGUCCCACAAACUCCAUGUAUUUUGAAUGGAACUGUUAGAGAUAACAUCUUAUUCGGGCUUCCUUUGAACUCCCAGAGGUAUUCCAAAGUCAUAAAUGCAGCCAAUCUGACCAAGGACUUGGAGAAAUUACCUUAUAAUGAGAAGAGUGAGGUCGGGGAGAGAGGAUCCAAGCUUUCCGGAGGACAGAAAUGUCGUCUCGCUUUGGCCAGAGCAUUAUAUGCAAAUAGGGACAUCUAUUUGUUGGAUGACAUCUUCAGUUCCAUCAAUAAGGAAGUCGGUCAGAGGAUAUUCGAGCAGGGAAUCAAAGAUUUUCUGGGGAAUAAGACUGUUUUCGUGGUCACUUCGGACUCCCGAGUAAGUGACACUGUUUUUUAAUUACUUUUUUAGUUCUUGUCUGAGUGUGACAGCGUUAUUUUCUUCAAAAAUGGCACAAUUCAUGGGAACGGGACCCAUUCCGAGCUGAUGGAAAACCAUGAAGAAUACGCUGCAUUCUUUAAGAAUCAGGUUGCAGUGAAUGCCGAAGAAGAAUCAAGUGAUGAGGAGGCCUCGAAAGAAAAUAAUAAUGAUGACAAAGGUGAGGAAAAAAAUGUUUUUCGCUUAGAAUGAAAAAUUCUUCUUCAUAGAAAACUUAUUUUUAGAAAAUGAUUUUUUCUAUUUGAAAAAAAAACGUUUUUUUUUUAUUAGGUUGGUCAGAAAGUCUUUCCCCUCUUUUAUCCAACUUUGAAAUUACUUCUUUUUGCGCCAAGACCGACUGUCCACCGUAGAUACCUAGUAUGUAUAUACAAGAGCACUAAUUUGUGUAAUAUGUGCCAUUGGAGUACGUCUGGGAACUUUCUGGAAUCUUCCAGAAAAAAGUCACUCGAAUUUACAUGAAAAUCCUUUAUUAUUAUGUGUUUUAUGAUCUCUAGAAGGUCUUAGAAUGGCAAAAUAUUUUUUUUGUUCACAAGAGUUCAUCUUGGUCACCAAAGCCUUAUUCAUAGCCACUCGCGCUGCCCCGGAAUCGAACCAACCCCCAAAAGAAUUGCGAGCGGACGCUUUAUCCACUCGGCCAACCGAACCAUUAGAUGCCGCGGGCAUGCCGCUCUUUUCUUCCGAAGGAAGAGAAAGAGGAAAUUAUUUUGGAACUUUCGGUCGAUUUUUCUCAUCGGCCGUUCUUGUUUUGCAGCUGGAAAAUGCCUUUUUCUACCAAAGUCGGCCUGCUCUAUCCACAUGUACUAGUCGUUUUCCCAAACGCUAGGGGAAGUUCAGACCAUUCCCUCGUUAGGCCAAUUCCUCAUUUUGAAAAUUACAAUAAAACCCGAAAAAUUCCCAUGUCGUAGGAAUUUGGGUAUAUACCCCUGUCCUGCACUAAAGGUGCAAAGAUAUCGUAUUUUAAAACAGCCGUUUUACAAAAUCGAUCCGUGAUUUAAGUGACUUCUCUUGUAAGCGAAAAUCAUUUCCCAAAAAAAUUUUGCAUUGAGUUAUUAGUAAAUUUAGAAGAUUUGUCCAGAGAAGAAGAGGAAGAUCUCGGAAUGAAGAAUAUAUCCAAAGAUAUAUAUUUGUAAGUGGCAUCAUACGAAUUAAUCAUUGCCUUAUAGAGAGUACAUAGAAGCUGCCGGAGGCUUUGUAGUCUUUUCCUUGUUAUUGGUCGUCUUCGUCGUCAAUGUCGGAGCCAAUAUUUUCGGAACAUUCUGGCUAUCCAAGUGGAUGAAGGAUGUCCAUGGAACUUCUCAAACCGGGAACCACACCAGUCUUGCCGACGAUUCCAGUCUUAAUUACUAUGCCACCGUUUACGUCGUUUCGAUUGCGGUCCUUUUUGUAUCAGGAUUAAUUAAGGCCAUGGUGUUUGUUAAGGUAGGGUUUUUUAUUUUUUUUUAUCACGUAUCUAGCUGUCCAUAAAAGCUUCUUCGAAUCUUCAUCUCCGAAUGUUGAAGAGCGUGCUCCACGGUGUAGUCAAAUUCUUUGAUGUAACUCCAACUGGACAAGUUUUAAACAGAUUUUCAAAGGAUCUCGACGAGAGUAAGUCCUAUUUGGCUCUCGGUCCAUUUCUGAUUUUCUUUGACCCGGCCAGGUGGAAGUCUGGCCCCACCCGGGUUUGCCCGCCAGUGUACAGGGUGUUUCAAGAAAUAAAAAAAAAAACUUUUUGCGAAUAUCUCUGUGCUCCUUGCAGCUAUCUAAGAACUUGAAGUCGUAUUUAAAAUUCGAAUUUGUGCGUUUUUAGAAUAUGGAAAGAAAUUUUUCUCGCCUCGGCGGGGAGACCAUUUCUCGGCGGAGACAUUUUAUACCUUUUUUGAAAAUUACGUCUCGUUGUAAAGCCCUGAAUUCUGUACUACGGAUGAAACUGGAUUUGUCACAUCUCUUACUAUGUAGUCUGUUAAUAUCGGUAGCUUGGCGGAUGUUUCACACACUAGCGAAGGCUCGGCGGAGACUUUUUUUUUAAUUUUUUGGGUUUAUCUUGCGCAGAUUGCUCCAGUCGGAGCAAGGGAAGUCAAUCGGGCCUAUAAAGUCUGUCCGUUUUGAUGAAAGACUGAGCUUGGCACUCCUUUUGUCAGAUUCCCAAGUCUCGGCUGAGCCUUCGCCAAUGUUUGAAACAGCCGUCAAACCAUCGGGACUAGCAGAUGACAUCCUAACAGGUGUAAAAACCCUAAUUUCAUCCGUUGUACAGAAGCAUAGGCUUUAUAAGGAGGUGUAAUUUUCAAAAAAGACAUCAAAUGUCUCCGCGGGAAAUGGUCUCUUUGCUGAUGCAAGAAAAAUUUUUUUUGCAUAUUCUAAGAUCGCACGACUUCGAAUUUUAAAUAAAACUUAAACUUCGGGGAUAUCUGCAAAGAGCACAAAUAUAUUCGCAAAAAGUUUUUUUAAAAAUUUCUUGAACCACCCUAAUAUGUAACUUAUAUUUUAGUUGAUGUGAAGCUCCCUUUCUCGGCAGAGGCUCUUCUCCAAUAUGUGAUUACUUGUGCCGGAUUACUGUUGACUAUCGUCUGGGUGUUCCCUCUUCUUCUGAUCGCCUUUUUUCCGCUCUCCGUUAUUUUUGUGUUGUUCUUUUUGUGUUUCAGAGCCGGAAUUAGAAGGUAAUUACGGAGUAAUGAGUCAUGACUUUUUUGUUUUUAUAAUACAGGGUGUUCAGAGAAUUAUGGAAAAAACUAUUCAUUAAUAACUUUGCGCUCGGUGGUCCAAUCCGAAAAAUUUUUUUUGCAUUUUACAGAAAAAACCUUGGAGUUUUUAGAAUCUAAAAAUUUUUUUUUUUUUUUAUCGGCGGAGACUUCCGUAAUCCGCGUUGAAUUCGGUGGUGUGUUUUUUCACAAAAUAAGGCUGUAAAUCGUUGUAUUUGUAAAGAACAUGGGCGGAAAAGGAUACAAAAGAUAAAAUACGACAUUUCUUUCAAAUUUCUGUGCUUCGGCGGAGACAUUUUUUAUCCUCGGCGGACGAUUUUUCUUCGACUCCGGAUAGUCAAAAUUGGCUGAAACCAAAGCGUAUGGUAUUCCUAGUGGCAUGGCGCCUAAAAACGACUUAUUACGUCUUCAGGAGGCUGGCAGAUGAAAAAAAAGCAAUUAGGCGGAGAAAUCGGCGGAGAAAAAAGUUAACCCAUUUAAGAAAUUAUGAUGAGAAAACUAAAAUUGUAAGUCUUAUACGGCCCUGAUCAACCAAAAAUAUGACUCUUCUUAUUAGCGGAUGCUCGGCGGAUAAAUUUGCAUAAUUUCAGAAAUACGUUCAUUUUCUCUUCGCCGAUUUCUCCGCCGACUCGCCUUUUUUUGAUCUGCCAGCCUCCUGAAGACGUAAUAAGUCGUUUUUAGGCGCCAUGCCACUAGGAAUACCAUACGCUUUGAUUUUAGCCAAUUUUGACUAUCCGGAGUCGAAGAAAAAUCGUCCGCCGAGGAUAAAAAAUGUCUCCGCCGAAGCACAGAAAUUUGAAAGAAAUGUCGUAUUUUAUCUUUUUUAUCCUUUUCCGCCCAUUUUCUUUACAAAUACAACGAUUUACAGCCGUAUUUUGUGAAAAAACCUCCACCGGAUUCAACGCGGAUUACGGUAGUCUCCGCCGAUAAAAGAAAAAAAUUUUUUUGAUUCUAAAAACUCCAAGGUUUUUCUGUAAAAUGCAAAAAAAAUUUUUCGGAUUCGACCACCGAGCGCAAAGUUAUUAAUGAAUAGUUUUUUCCAUAAUUCUCUGAACACCCUGUACUUAAUGCUUAUUUUUUAGUCUCAAACGAACCGAAAAUAUCACCCGAUCUCCCGUUUUUGACCAUGUUUCGUCGAGUCUUGAAGGGCUUUCCACGGUCCAUUCAUAUGCCCAACAUCAGCGAUUUAUCGACAACUUUAAAAUGAAAUUGGAUGAUAAUUCAAGCAUCAUGUUCAUGUUUAAUGCGGCUAUGAGAUGGCAAGCAGUUUGGUUGGAUCUUCUGGUGGUGGCCAUCUCCUUCCUGGUCUCCUGUCUGAUCGUUUUUCUCACCGGAUCAAUAGAACCUUCGGAUGCGGGAAUGGCCUUGGCCUUCGCUCUUCAGAUGAGUGGGAUAUUCCAAUUUGCAGUUCGAUCACAGACUGAAUUGGAGGCUAAAUUAACUGCCGUCGAGAGGGUCUCUUAUUAUUACAAGGUUGGUAAUUAUUAAAAGUUUAAACAUUGGUUUAGAAUAUUGAACAAGAGAAGUGGAUUCAAGGAGAAGAAAUUGACGAAAGGUGGCCCAGCAGUGGAUCUCUUGAGUUCAAGGAUGUGACGUAAGAAUUAUUAUUUGAAAAUAGGGCUUUUUAGAUUGAGAUAUCGAGAAGGAGCUGCUGCCGCCUUGAAUAAAGUAUCCUUUAAACUGGAGGACAAGGAUAAGGUGCUGGUAGUUGGAAGGACAGGUUCUGGAAAGUCAAGCAUUGUGAAUGUUGUACUCAGAUUAUACGAAAUCGAGUCUGGGACUGUGGAAUACGAUUCUUUCAACAUCUCCAAGGUCCCCUUGCAAUCUCUGAGGGACUCGAUUACGGUUAUUCCCCAAGAUGGUGGCCUGUUUAGCGGAUCCUUACGUUUCAAUCUGGACCCUAAGGGCAAAUAUUCUGAUGAUAAUGUUUGGGAGUCCUUGGAUAAAGUCGGACUCAAAGAUUUUGUAAUUUUUUUUACUUUUUGACAACAUAAUUUUCUAUUGUAGGUAAGCAGCACAUCCGAAAAAUUAGAAUUGAAGGUAGAAGAUGGCGGAAAGAAUCUCUCCUCUGGGCAGAGACAGCUGGUCUGCCUGGCUAGAGCCCUUCUACGGUAGGUGUAAAUGACGGCACAAAUAACAACUGUUUAGAAAUUCUAAACUUGUGAUUCUGGACGAAGCCACCUCCAAUUUGGAUGUGAAAACUGAUGUGUUGCUUCAGAAGAUCAUCAGUGAUACUUUUGGGGACUUCACAGUUGUGUUGAUCUCUCAUCGACCAGAGAAUUCAUUCCGGAUGAAUAAGGUGCUGAAAGUGGAGGAUGGAGAGGUGAGAGUUUUGUUUUAUGGUUUACAACUUGUUGCUAGUUGGUUGUUAACCAUUAUUUCCAUUCCAGACGCAGCUAAACGACGCGCCACCCAACGGUUCGAAUGAGCUGACAUUACCUGAUUAG